AUGGAAGGAGUACGAUUAGACAGUAAGAGAGAUGGGCUGCACUAAGAAUAGCUUCCACUAACAAAAGAGAACCAGGGAGCCAGACAAUGGGAGGUGCAGUUAAAUAGAGGGACCCCAAACUCUGUUCAUCUCACUUCUGUCCAUCCUUCCUCUGCUGCUGCUGCUGCUGCUGCAUCUCUCUCCUGCGUCUGACACUGGUAAGGUCCCUUCAUGGUCUCAGAGCUUUUCAGUGAGAUCUCAUCAGCACGAUGCCUGAGCAUGUACAAGAGAGGAAACCAAAGAUCUCAGCUUCAAGGAAGCUGAUGCUCAAGAGUUUGAUGGUGGCAAAAGCCAAAGAGGAACUGGAACAGGAGAUCCUUGAUAAAGAGGAUGAGAAACACAAGUAUCUGGUAGAGAGAGCUCCUCCUCUGAACACCAGUGGUCUGAGCCAGGGACAGCUACAGGAUCUCUGCAGAGAACUCCAUUCCAAAAUAGAUGUGGUGGACGAGGAGCGAUAUGACAUUGAGGCCAAAGUCAUGCUCAACAAACGUGAGAUUAAAGAUCUGAACAUCAAGGUGUUGGACCUAAGGGGGAAAUUCAAGAGGCCUAGUCUUCGGCGUGUUCGUGUGUCUGCUGACGCCAUCCUCCGUUCGCUGCUGGGCUCCAAGCACAAAGUGUCCAUGGACCUCCGAGCCAACCUCAAGUCUGUCAAGAAAGAAGACACUGAGAAGAAGAGGCCGGUAGAAGACAGUGACUGGAGGAAGAAUGUGGAGGCCAUGUCAGGGAUGGAGGGGAGGAAGAAGAUGUUCGAUGCUGCUAAAGGUCCCGCCCAGUGAACGUAAAAAGGUGGGCUGGUCUCACGUGAGAACCAGCACUGCUCCUGCAUCUGAUGAAUUGGUUUGGUUACAGUUUUUUGCAGCGUCUGUCUCAUGCGGCCAUCAUUGGGUAUAUGCUCCUGCUAGGACGUCCCCGGACUCCCACAACUAUUUUCUUCUCUUCUGUUUGCUGUUCAUUGAUGAGGUGUUAAAAGGACUAUAUCCAUGUACAGUGUCAUGUACAGUUAUUAAAGUGUUCUCACAACUGACACUGCACCAGAAAUCCCAGGUAGUUUGGCUUCCUAUGUACAGAAAUGCCAAAAUGUGCAUCUGGUAUCUCUGAUAGAAGAAUGUGGAUGGUAUCGUGAUCUGGUCAAAAUUAUGUGCACAGCUGUAUUUACAUGAAAACACACACAACAAUAAAAAAACACAAAUUUA